AUGCCACGAAUGACAGCGUUAUCAUUAUGGGAAGCUCAUGGAUCAACAUCCUUUAUGCUUGCCACUGGUUGCGACACAAUUGAUACAUUAUUAAACGGAGGUUUUCGCUCUGGUUUAUUAACAGAAAUCUGUGGUGAAGCUUCAGCUGGAAAGACGCAAAUGUGUUUGCAAAUGCUAUUGCAAUGCUGUCUCCCACAAUCUCUUGGUGGACUAGAAGGCACGGCCUGUUAUAUCAGUACAGAAGGUGUAGGAUCCGUCAAACGACUGCAUGAUCUUGCUCAUACUUAUGCACAACGAUACAAGACUGUAUCAAGUGUCGGUCUUAAACGUAAACGUGGUGACUCAAUGCUAAAGUUGACAAGCGGUGACUUUCUCGAUAGUAUCUUUAUCGAGCAGCUCUAUACUGUUGAUGACUUUUUGAGUCUAUUGCAAACAAGACUGCCAACUCUACUGGCGGAACAGAAUACCAAGCUCGUAGUACUCGACUCGGUCGCAGCAAUCUUUCGUCUCGAGUCCACAUCUUCUGUCAAGGACGCAGCGGGGCGCUCGCGCACCAUGUUUCACAUGGCUAACUGCAUGCGAAUCCUGAGCGACGAGUACGGCGUCGUGUUCAUAGUGACCAAUCAAGUUACGGGUGACUUUGAUCCUCGCUCGGCAGCAACCGGGAACGGCCAACGUCCGGCAUUAGGUCUCUCAUGGUCGCACUGCAUCAACCAGCGUCUUGUGAUCACAAGAAACACCGACUCAAGUCAGCGUCAACUCAAAGUAACUUUUUCACCGCAUCUUCCAGCAAAAACCUGCAGCUUCCAAAUCACGAGUGACGGUGUUCGACCGGUUAACGGAGACUGA